AUGGCUACCCCGAUUGAGAGUGCCGGCAGGAGCUGUGGCCACGCCGAUUGCGGGCGCAAGCGGAAACUGCAGGAGCUCCGACGAAGGCGACCGCGGGGAGAAUUCGGGAGCCGCGGGGGCCGCGGAGGGGCCGGCCCAUUAGCAUGGCGUCGCGUGCCGCUGCAUCCGCGGCGGCUGUCGCGGGCCCGGGGCGGGCUCGGGGCGGUCGCCGCCGCGCCAGCCGCAUUCCCCUGCGGGAAGGUCACGGCCGCCGUCGCUUCGACCGCCCUGCCGCUGUCAAGGGCGCGCUGGCCGGGCCGCUUCGCCAAUUCAGCAAAUAGUGGCAUUUCAGCGCUGACUCUUGCUUUCAUCGUUCAUAGGGCUGUAACUUAUGAUGAUGUCAUUCGUACAAUUCAAGGGGUGUUUCAAGUGACUGUGGAGUGUGGAUGUGUAAUGGACACUUAUACGAUUCGGCCAUUUCAGAGAUGUGUCAGUGAAAGUAUAAAGAUUGUAAACGAAGGGCGACCAUCUCCUGUCUUACCCAACAUGCAACACGAAUUUAUACAUAGAAAAGAGGAAUUGCGCAUGCCAAUGAAAGAAUUUGUGAAGAAUAUGAGUUCUAAAAGACUUGUGUCCUCGCUUUAUCAAAGCAGCGAGCGCCCCAAGCGCCUGCGCUGUCGCCGGGCGCAACCGCCGUCGCCCGCCAGCCCCUGCCGCAGACGUGUGUGUGUCGCAGCCGUAAACCUGGACGACUCGUCGCCGCCGCUCUGCGACCGACCAAUUACCUCAUUAGGACUCGUUAAUAAUAUGUAUAAAGCGCAGGCCCGGAAGGGAGAACGGCUUCCACACAACCCACAACACGUCGCUUGCGUUAAACGAUGUUUACUUUGUGAUAUGAUCGAGUGGGAUGCAGGAUGGCGUUUGUCUCCCUUCGUGAGUCGACGAGGAGAUGGGACGGUGACAACCUGUGAGGAUAGGUCAUUUUCAAAGAAUUCUUAG